AUGAAAAGCAGGCAAAGGGAAUCUUUGCAAGCACACAUGCUGAAUAAGGAAACCAAGAGAGCAGACAAGGGUCCCAAGGGAUGUCGGAUAAAGAGGGGGAGGAAACCACAGAAGGCAAUUUCUUCCUUCUGGUGGCACGAAUUGAGAGAACCACACAUAAACCUACAGAGGGACGUUUCCAAGGUCUUGUGCCAUAACUGGUUGCUCUGCAAUCGAGAUGGUAUCAGGGUAGCUGGUUGA